CGAUGGCUCGGUUGUGUACCAGCUUCUGUCUCUAAAAUAAAGGAGGUGCUUGAAUUUACCUUUUACAUAGAACUGAAACUUAACACAAGUAGGAAGUCAGAAGGAAACAGACACCGGCUCAGCAACCUGCUAACGGCUCAGCAACCUGAAGGCAGACAUGACCGCCACGGCCAAAUCCGUCAAAGAUGACUGCUUUCUGGAAAGACACCUCGCAUGCCCCAUCUGCAUGGAAACAUUUAACGAUCCUGUGACGACAUCUUGUGGUCAUUCGUUCUGCAUGAGGUGCCUGGAGCUCAGCAUCGCCUCAUUUCAGGUUGAUUAUGCUUGUCCUCUUUGCAAGACGCAUCUGAGGAAAGCCCCUAAGGUGAAUAAUGUCCUGAGAGACAUUGUCCAAGAGGUGAAAAACACUUUGAGUCAGACGUUUACUGGGGCCGCCGGCGAGGUGCGCUGUGACGCCUGCACGGUGCCCAAGAAGAAGGCCGAAAAGUCCUGCCUCGUGUGCCUGGCUUCAUUUUGUUCGACUCACUUGGAGAACCAUUAUUCAGCUAAAAGACUGAAGGGCCACAAACUGGUGGAACCUGUGGAGAACCUGGACUCAAGGGCCUGCCCCACUCAUGGAUGCCCGCUCGAGCUUUACUGCAGGAGGCGACAAACAUGCGUUUGCGCUCAAUGUUUGGAUGGAGACCACUGGGACGUUGUCUCUGCUGAAGAGGAAUGGCAAGUGAAGAAGGAUCAAAUCGAGAACACCAAGGCGGAGUUGCAAGAGAGAAUCAUGACAAGAAAAGCGAAGAUUGAUGAGAUCAAUGAAGCUCUGAAGAGUUGUAAGGAGCAUGUUGGGAAAGAGUGGUGGGAUAUUGAAGCUCUGUUCACAGCUGUGCUCGAAGUUGUGAAGGCAGCUAAAGCAGAGGCACUAAGCCCACUUGAAGACAAGCUGCGGUUGUUAAAUAAGGAGUCAAGAAACCUCAAAGAUGAGUUGGAAGAUGAAAUCAGCAAACUCGAGACAACAAUCUCAAAGCUAGACGAUAUAUCGGCACUUGAAGAUCACAUCCUGUUCCUUCAGAGGUACCCAUCUCUUUCAGUCCAGGAUGUCACCAAAGACUGGAAGUACAUUGAACUUGACACCACUCUGUCUUUUGGCUCCAUGAGAGAAACCGCGACAACAAUGAUUGAAAAUGUUCAGCAGCAGCUGGAGAAGCUGGCCACCAUUGAACUUACGAGAUUCCCAAAGUUUGAAGUGGACGUGAGGCUGGACCCAGAUACUGCACACCGGCGCCUGGUUUUCUCUGAUGAUCGCAGCAAAGUGAAAGACGGAGGAGAAAACCAGGAAGCGGCAGACUCUCCAAAGAGAUAUGAUGUGCUUGGCAGCGUCCUGGGACUCAACACCUUGGCAACUGGGAAGUCCUACUGGGAGGUGGAGGUUGGCAGCACAACCGGGUGGGAUCUAGGCGUAGCCAGAGGCAGCGCCAACCGCAGGGGACGACCAGCUUUAAACCCAGAUAACGGCUACUGGGUUCUGGUACAUUUUGAAGAGUGUGACGUACCCAAGCCAUUUACAGCAUACGCAGCCAUGACAGCUCCACCUGUUUCACUUUCUUUUAAAGACAAACCAAAGAAGAUUGGGGUGUUUGUGGACUAUAAAGAAGGCAUUGUGUCCUUCUACGACGCCACAGCCCGGUCUCAUAUCUACACGUUCUCCAAGUGCUCAUUCCAAGACGAGCUUCAUCCGUAUUUCAGUCUGCAUAUGAAAUAUGAGAUCAACUUUGAGCCUUUGAUUAUUUCAAAAAUAAAGCACACAAAAAACGAAUUAGGAAGGGAAGCAUUUGGUCUUCCAUAUUUGCUCAGUCAGAGUAUUCAGACCUAAUUUUGAGUGGUAGAGGAGAGGUAUUCAAUGAUUUGAUGCAUCAGAGAAGAACAUUUGAAAAAGCUUAAAAAUCAAGUUAACAAAAACUGUGUUUUUAUUUAUAGUAACUGUAGCUUUACGAGGAAGAGUCGACAUUUGGAAACAAUUUCAUUCCAGGAAAUUAGUUUAAGAUGGUUUGUGUAAAUCUGUGUGUGAAUAGACGAAAGAGAGUUGCAAACUAGGCUCAAGGGUCGCGGUAUCUUUUCUAUCCCCAACGGGCAAUUGGUUUUACGACAUGGUGAGACUUUUAGGAUUAGAGAAACAAGGAAAGAAGUAUAUAAAUGCAAUCUUUUUUUGUAAAUUUGUUUAUCAGUUUGACAGAUUUUUGUGCAGUGUCUGUAUAAUCAUGCUGAAUGUUUAUUUCCUUUGCUGCAAUUUGACCCCUUUGACCCCCGGCUUUGCUUGCUUGACCCCUUGACAAAGCAGCAGGAACUUUGGUUAUUCUAUCAUUAAAAAAAACUGUACAGUUUUGAAUUCUUUAAAUA